UGCAGAUAAAAGUAUAUAUAUAUAUCAUACUAUAUAUUCCACAUUUUAUGUACUGAACUUCAUGUUGGGCAGGCCUGCUUCAUUUCUGCCCAAAAGCAAUUGUGUUUUCAAAUUUAAACUAUAACGGCAUUGUGGAAUUUGCAACGGUUUUGUGACGUGGAAUAAAAUACUAUGGUGUAGUGACUAUAAAUCAUUGAUGGCGGGGCCUAGGAGCACUGGGGGUGAAUCACCCCCAAUAUCCUUCCAGAAACUUGUGAACUGUGCAGAAAGUGGAAUAUAAAACAAAGAAUGCAAAAUGUGUUUAAUCUAGUAUCAAAUUCCUUGCACCAACCUGUAUCAUUUAAGAUGGAGGUUCCACUGCACUGCUUAGUUGUCCUAUUUCUCUAAGUGCUUCUAAAUUCUUGUUUUUUAAAUAAAAAUAGCACACAAGAUGUUAUCUGAGUUCGUGUUCUGAUCCGUCAACAGAACAGUUUUAUUGAUCCUUUAACUCGUUCGUCAUCUCAUGUGAAGAAUGACUGUCACCUCACUCCAUGACGGCCUGGGACAAGAACAUAUAUGGACAGUCAUGUUCGAAAUGCUUAACGCAAAGCAGCCAGGGGUCUUUGUGUUGCCAUCUUGUGAGAUGGGAAUGCAGUUCUGGAAAGAGGCACUGGGUUCACCAUGCUACUUGGUUGCCCCCAUGGUCGAUGCCAGUGAACUGGCGUGGAGACUUCUAAGCAGACGUCACGGUGCACACGUGUGCUACACCCCCAUGCUCCACAGUUCUGUGUUCAUCCGAGAUCCAAAGUACCGCAAAGAAGCUCUGGUGUCUUGUGUUGAAGACAGACCACUUAUUGUGCAGUUCUGUGCUAAUGAUGCACGAGUUUUGCUUGAAGCAGCCCUUUUAGCUGAGCCCCAUUGUGAUGCAAUUGAUAUAAACCUGGGAUGUCCACAAGCAAUUGCGCGUAGGGGACACUAUGGGGCAUUCUUGCAGGACGAUUGGCCCCUACUAACAGACAUGGUGAGCACUUUGCAUCAAGCUUUAUCGGUUCCUGUCACGUGCAAAAUACGUGUCUAUGAAGAUAUCGAGCACACUGUGGCGUAUGCCCGGAUGCUAGAGGCAGCGGGCUGCCAGAUGCUGACAGUCCAUGGGAGAACCAAGGAGCAAAAGGGGCCCCUCACUGGCCUUGCCAGCUGGGAACACAUCAAAGCAAUCAGAGAAAGUGUAAGCAUCCCAGUAAUAGCAAAUGGCAAUAUCCAGUGCCUGGAGGAUGUGAAGCGAUGUCUUGCAGAGACUGGAGUGCAGGGAGUCAUGUCAGCUGAGGGAAAUCUGUACAACCCAUCCAUUUUUGAGGGACACAACCCUCCAGCCUGGGAAGUGGCACUUGAAUAUUUGGACCUGGCCGAGAAAUAUCCAUGCCCCACUUCGUAUGUUAGAGGGCACCUCUUCAAGUUAUUCCAACACUGCCUCUGUCUUCCCGAGAACUUUGAGUUGCGUGCUGAGCUAGCCACGGGGUCUGAUCUAUCAGAUUUUCGAAGUACAGUGCUGCAAUUGCGUGACUGCUAUCUGCCUUAUCAUGAAGGAACAAAGACUUGGACUGGUGAUACAGGAAUAGGGUACAAUCUGAUUCACCCACCAUGGAUCUGCCAGCCUUAUGUGCGAAUUACACCCGAAGAGCAUCUGAAGAAAUUGGUGGAGAAGCAGAACAGGAAUGCUGAUGUGAACCAGUUUGAGGAGGAAUCUGGCUCUGGCGAAGCAGAGAAAGAGCUCAAAAUACAUGUCUCACAGAAUCAAGAUGGUAUAACUAUGAAAAGACCACGAGAAGGUAGUGUGGAGUCUACAGACAGUAAAAAUAUGUCCAAGAGGAAGAUGAAAAAGCUUAGGAAAUUACAACACAAUCCAAAUAAGAACUUCCAUGGUCGUCGGGGAGUUGAUAAGUGUGUGGAUUGUCCAAACCCUGUCGGCUCCAAGUGUGAUUUACGUUUGUGCAAAGCCUGCUGUAGGAUUAAGUGUUACCUAGAAAACAGGGAUUGUGCUGGACAUAGGAUUCUCAUCAAGACUCGACGUGAGAAAGCUUGUGAGCAGCGCAAAGCAGAGAGUCAGAGUGAUAUAACCAGAGGUCACCAGACAGUUCAGUGUGAGCAUAUUGCAAAUAAGGGGAAUCAGAAUAUCAGACUGGAUAAAACAAAGUGGGAACAUGCAGUACAAGCAGAACAUGCUUCAGCAGUGAGCCAAGAGCAGUACUGCCAGUUACACACAGAACAAAAAAUGACCAUUGAAAAUGAUGAUGUGCCAAUUUUGAAUGUAUAAUCUGCCAAGAAUAGUACCAAAAUUUCUCUCACAAAUUCAAAAGACCAUCAAAAUGAUGCAGAAAAUGUGAACCACGUGCCACAGUAUGAAAACAGAUAGAAGUGCAUAUAAGUUGGCUGAAUUUGUAUAUAAAAGAACAGUGUCAGAAUGCCAGUGUAAGUAGCCAUGUACAUUCUGAAGCAGGUCUGGCUCAAGCCUGUAUACCAACCCACUGCCCUGUCCCUGGUGAAUCCAGCACAACUUUCACAAAACUUUGUCACAAUUAAUAACACAAAAUUCCCAGACACUGUGAGAAGCACCAUCAUUGGUUGUAGUAAUUCUUAAAACAAGAAUAAACAAAGCAGAAAUAAACAUACACUGUCACCAGGUCACAAAAGUUAUGAGCUUGUAAUAUAAUUAAAAGUAGAAGACUGAACAGUAGUUAUACAUGGGUGUAUAUUAUGCUCUUAGUUAAAAGUCCUCCUACUGGUAAUAUGAUAGCAGGUCUUAGCAUAAGUACACCAAAAGAAAUUUAAAAUGUGCUGCCUCAAGCAGCCAUUUUAUUUGCCUGUGCUCUCAUGAUGGCCCUGUUCUCAAAUAUGGUCACAUCUUUAAUUAAUUCAGCUAGAAUAAUAAUGCAGAGCUGUUUUAAGAGGAUAUGUUUCAAAGUAUUUAACAUGAUUGGCCUACGGGAUAAGGUUUGUAUUUUUCAGCUACUUGUAUUUAAAUUUGUACUUAUGUCAACAUUUCUGUAGUAUCUUACAUUUCUACAUGUAUAUGCUGUGUAAUUUGUUGUACAUGACAUUUUGUUAGCAAUACAUAACAUAUUUUGUAUCGGUGCGAAA